AUGAACCACAAGCUGAAGUUGUUGCUGAUCUUUACACUACUAACGCUUAAUGUAGUAGCUUGGGCCAAGGAACACAAAGAGGAGGAGGAAUCCUCCGAAGAAAAGGAGUCUGAGGGCAAAAAAUACGAAGAAGAGGAUAGCGAAGAAAAGAAACAUGAAUCUGACAAAGGCCUGAAGGAGCACAAGCUGUGGGAUGAGGAUGAGAAGAAACACCAUGAGGAGGAGGAUCACAAGCAUCAUUAUGAGCAUGGUGGUGGCAAAAAGAAGAAACAUUAUCAUGAAGAGGACGAGUACGGUGAAGAGCACAAAAAGGGCAAGGAGAAAAAAGGAGGCAAACAUCAUCAAAAGAAGAAGCACAAAAAGGGCCACAAGGAAUUGGAGCACCAUAAGAAAUUCUUCAAGGAUGAAUAUGUAAAGGAUAAGAAGUUCUAUGACGAUGAAGACAAGGGUGGACAUCACAAGAAAUAUGGCAAAGAUCACAAGCAUCAUGAAAAAGAAGAAAAGGAAUACAAGAGCGGUGAAGAGCAUGAGCAGGGCAAAAAGAAGGAGCACAAAAGCAAAAAGGCAAGCUAUAAGAAAGGCCAUCACGAUGAGGAUCAUAAGAAAUAUGAGAAGAAGAAGAAACAUCAUGAAGGAGGUGAGGAGAGUAAAAAAUGGGGCAGUGAAGAGAAGAAAAAGGAACACAAGAAAAGCGAUCACAAGAAGGAAAGUGAGAAGAAACAUUAA